GUCCAAACUUCAUUCAUAAAAACCCAUAAGCAAAUUAAGCUUUGUAUAUAUUCCCUCAUUUGUACAACUUUUGAUAUCAUAAAUAUUAUUAUUCUCUGCCUCUCUGCGUUUGGAGCUUCAACAACUCAGAUAAAUACACAUAUACUGUGAUUACCGAACUUAAUUUGCUGGUUUUUUUUCAAAACGAGAAAGUUUAAACCAUGGCAGGAGAAAGUGGAGGAAGAUCUUUAGAGCAAACACCGACUUGGGCGGUGGCUGUGGUUUGUUUUUUUUUGGUUGUGAUAUCAAUUUUUAUUGAAUACAUAAUCCACCUGAUUGGAAAGUGGUUGAGAAAGAAACACAAGAGAGCUCUUUAUGAAUCACUCGAAAAGAUCAAAUCAGAACUUAUGUUGUUGGGGUUCAUAUCGUUGCUGCUAACAGUAGGGCAAGGUCUAAUAUCGAAUAUAUGCGUAUCGGAGAGUAUCGCGAGUACAUGGCAUCCAUGUGAUAAGGAGCAAGAAGAGGAAAUAACCGGGCAGACGGAAAAAACAACAGAAAAUACAGAUGAUGAAAACCGCCGGAAACUUCUCGCGAUUAUGGUCUCUGGUGGAACCUUUCGACGAUCUUUGGCCACCGCAGCAUCAACUGAUAAAUGUGCAGAACAGGGCAAAGUUUCAUUUGUAUCGUCAGAAGGUAUUCAUCAACUCCACAUUUUCAUCUUCGUGUUAGCCGUUUUCCACAUCCUUUACUGUAUUCUAACCAUGGCUUUGGGGAGAGCCAAGAUGAGAAAAUGGAAGCAUUGGGAGAAAGAAACAAGAACAGCAGAGUAUCAGUUCUCACACGAUCCUGAGAGGUUCAGGUUUGCAAGAGAGACAUCGUUUGGCAGAAGGCAUUUGAACUUCUGGACCAAGACACCUGGCCUCAUUUGGAUAGUUUGUUUCUUCAGGCAAUUUGUUCGCUCAGUUCCCAAAGUCGAUUAUUUAACUUUACGCCAUGGAUUUAUCAUGGCACAUUUGGCCCCCCAAAGCCACACCAGAUUUGACUUCCAAAAAUACAUCAAUAGAUCACUGGAAGAAGAGUUCAAGGUGGUUGUGGGAAUCAGUCCACCAAUCUGGUUCUUCGCUGUGAUUUUCCUGCUCUUCAACACUCAUGGCACGUAUUCUUAUCUAUGGCUGCCGUUUAUCCCAUUAAUUGUAAUUCUGCUAGUGGGAACGAAGCUGCAGGUGAUUAUAAGCAAAAUGGGACUGAGAAUCGUGGAGAGAGGGGAAGUUGUAAAGGGUGUACCAGUGGUUGAGCCCGGUGAUGACCUCUUUUGGUUCAACCGCCCUCACCUCAUUCUUUAUCUCAUCAAUUUUGUUCUCUUUCAGAAUGCCUUUCAGCUUGCUUUCUUAGCAUGGAGUUGGUAUGAAUUCGGAUUGAAAUCGUGUUUCCAUGAGAACACUGAGGAUAUAGUCAUCAGAGUCAUAAUGGGGGUCGUCAUUCAGUUUCUUUGCAGCUACGUUACUCUCCCUCUCUAUGCCCUUGUAACACAGAUGGGAUCAAACAUGAAACCAACCAUAUUUAACGAAAAAGUGGCAGCAGCACUGAGGAAUUGGCAUCACUCCGCUAAGAAACACAUUAAACAAAACAAGGGCUCCGUCUCUGUCACCCCUUUCUCCAGCAGACCAACCACCCCAUCCCACCACGCAUCUCCGGUGCACCUCCUCCGCCAUUACAGGAGCGAAGUGGACAGCGUCCACACCUCACCCAGAAGAUCCAAUUUCGAUAUCGAGCUAUCCGAAACCGACUCUCCAUCUCCUUCAUAUCACUGCCGGGGUGAUGGUUCAUCAUCAUCUAAUUACCAUCACAAUAACAAUAAUACUGAUCAACCAAAUUACUAUAUAGAGUAUGAUCCGGAAGUCAAUGAGCCGGAUCAACAACCACCACCUUCUGCUCCCCACCAACACAAGAUUGACGUCGCCAAAGAUUUUUCAUUCGAUAAAAGGACAAGUAUAUAAGCAUUAGUUAGGCUUUAAUUUCAUGAUUAAAGACGCGAUACUACAUAUAUAUAUGUAUCUAUUUACUACAAUUACAAGGAUGAUGGCAUGAGCAUGAUACAGGCCAUUAGGUUUACUAAGGCCUUUGAUUUUGCAUCACCUUGUACAGUAGGGUUCUUUUGUUCUUUGCACCAUAGGGCAUGAAUAUUAUAUCAAUAAUGUUACGGACA